CACAAAUUUUGAAUUACCAAGUCUUUUGUGGGGCGAUGUAUAUGCUUUUACAACAAGAUCCCAGAAAAUGUUCAAAACAAAAGUAUUUCGAUAUGAAUUUUUGAAAGUGGGAGAGUCACGCUGCCGUCUUAUGACGUCAGCACAAUCGGGCCAGACUCGUCCGGGCUACUUACCACACUCGCACAGAAUACCGACAUGAAGUAGCGGCCUAGUGCCGCUAUGUUUCGCAUAGGUUAGUGUCGAGGACCGGAGGCCAUCCCCCCCCCCCCCCCCCCGCUCGGGCUGCCCCUCGUAUUCUGGGGAGGGCACAGUACCGCGUAUGUCACAGUACAAACAGAGCAGCAACACCACGGCACCCCGCUCCACGCUUAACGUGGACUUUUGUAACAUCCGGGGAAUUCACUCCAAAUUAAACGCCGUCCACCACCACCUUGAGACGGCGCAGCCGGGGUAUGUGUGUACGUUAGGGAGGAUAUCUGCUGUCGCCGUCUCGGCAAUUUUGAGGGUAGGGACCUGUCUACUCUCUGGCUCCGCGUAGAUUUAGAGGACCGCGUCCGCAUCUAUGCGUGUGUCUACAGGUCCCAUAGUGGUAACGCAGAAACGGAUCACCUCAUGGGCUGCGUUCAAGCGGCAUUUGAUGACGUGUUUGCUCAGAUCCCCUCUGCUGAAAUCGUAGUCUUGGGUGAUUUCAACGGGCACAAUGCCGAAUGGCUUGGAUCACGUACUACAGACUACGCAGGGCGAUCUUUGCAUAAUUUUGCAUUGGCGUAUGGUCUGUCCCAAUUGCUUGAGUCGCCAACGCGACUCCCGGAUGUGGAUAGCCACAUGCCGUCCUUAUUGGAUCUUCUGCUGACUACACAUCCCGAUAGUUACCAGGUCUUUGUCGACGCCCCUCUUGGAACGUCCGACCAUUGCCUGGUCAGGAGUGUAGUGCCUAUCCGACGCCAACUUCGCAGACCACCAGCGACCCGCCGCGUAUGGCACUACAAGUCAGCAGAUUGGGAUAGGAUGCGUUCCUUUUUUGCAUCCUACCCUUGGGGCAGGGUUUGUUUCCCUUCGGAUGAUCCUAGUGCCUGCGCCGUUGCAGUAGCCGAUAUGAUACUGCAGGGCAUGGAUAUUACUAUACCAAGCUCUGUAGUACCGAUCGGUGGCAGAUCACAGCCCUGGUUCGAUGCGUCAGUUAAAGCAGCAUCUGACUGCAAAAAACGGGCGUUACGAACUUGGGUUGCGGCGCUGGGCUCAAAGGAUCCGAACUGCAAAGUUCUGAAGAGGAAAUAUAACCGUGCCUCCAGAUUUUUUAAGCGGCAAAUCGCCCGUGCGAAAUCGAAGCACGUCGUCAAAAUUGGCGAGCAGCUUUCCAGCUACCCGACCGGGACACGCAAGUUCUGGUCGUUGUCGAAAGCUGCUCUUGGUAACUUUAACCAGCCGUCUAUGCCGCCGUUGCACAUGAGGAAUGACACCGUGGCCCAUACGGCAAAGGAGAAAGCCGAUCUCCUGUGCACUCUUUUUGCCUCCAACACGACUCUUGACGACAACGGAAAAACACCGCCGACCAUCCCGCGAUGUCAGAGCUCCAUGCCUGAAGUACAGUUCCGACAGAAGACUGGUAGGCGAGCUCUGUUUUCGUUGGACGUCAGGAAGUCGAGCGGGCCGGAUGGCAUUUCUCCAAUCGUGCUUAGAACGUGUGCCCCUGAGUUGACGCCGGUGCUAUUUUAGUAUUCCGGCACUCUUAUUCAAAAGGCGUAGUCCCUGAUUCAUGGAAGUCAGCCCUUGUCCAUCCGAUCCCAAAAAAAGGAGACAGUUCGGAUCCGGCAAACUACAGGCCUAUUGCUAUUACCUCCCUACUCUCCAAAAUCAUGGAGAGCAUAAUUAACCGCCAGCUCUUGGUAUACCUUGAGGGUCACCAGUUGAUCAACGACCGGCAAUACGGCUUUCGCCAUGGUCGGUCGACUGGCGAUCUUCUGGUAUACCUAACACAUAGAUGGGCGGCGGCUAUUGAAAGCAAGGGGGAAGGCCUGGCAGUUGGUCUGGAUAUAGCGAAGGCCUUUGAUCGUGUAUGGGACAAGGCGCUCCUCGCAAAACUUCCAUCAUUUGGGCUUCCCGAGAGCUUGUGCAAGUGGACCUCCAGCUUCCUCACUGGGCGCAGCAUACAGGUCGUUGUCGACGGUUAUUGCUCAAAUCCCAAGCCCGUGAACGCUGGAGUGCCCCAAGGCUGUGUGCUAUCUCCCACGCUGUUUCUUCUGCAUAUCAAUGAUAUGUUGGACACCUCCAACAUACAUUGCUAUGCAGACGAAAGCACUGGUGAUGCCGUAUACACGGGCCAUGCAGGUCUCUCUCGGGAAAACGUCGAGCAGUGCCGGGAGAAACUUGUGUCUUCUAUCGAGUCCUCUCUCGAGAAGGUCGCGGAAUGGGGUAAGUUGAACCUUGUCCAAUUUAACCCCCAAAAGACUGAAGUUUGCGCGUUUACCACUAAAAAACCCCAUUUAUCGUAUCACCGCUCUUCGACAACAUCUCCCUAAAAGCCUCGCCUAGUAUCGGAAUACUGGAUUUCGAAAUCUCGAAUGAUUGCCAAUUCCGUGGGCAUCUGGAGGGCAAAGCCAAAUUGGCUUCGAAGAAACUGGGCGUCAUAAAUAGAGCACGGCAAUACUUCAAACCGGCCCACAUUCUAGCGCUCUACAAAGCGCAGGUCCGGCCUCAGAUGGAGUAUUGCUGUCAUCUCUGGUCUGGCGCACCCCAGUAUCAGCUCGAUCCAUUUGACCGCGUGCAACGCAGAGCAGCUCGAAUUGUCGGGGACCUAGCGCUCUGUGAACGGCUGGAUCACUUGGCGUUGCGUAGAGACGUCGCUUCAUUGUGUGUCUUCUACCGCAUUUAUCACGGGGAGUGUUCCGAAGAGCUGUUCAACCUGAUUCCUGCCGCCGAAUUUCACCUUCGCACGACACGCCACAAGUUACGAUAUCAUCCCCACCAUCUGGAUGUGUGGCGGUCCUCCACAGUGCGGUUUUCAAGGAGCUUUCUUCCUCGUACUACGAAGCUGUGGAAUGAGCUUCCUUGUGCGGUGUUUCCGGGACGAUACGACAUGGGUACCUUCAAGAAAAGCGCGUACACCUUCCUUAAAGGCCGGCAACGCUCCUGUGAUUCCUCUGGUGUUGCAAGAGAGUGUGGGCGGCGGUGAUCACUUAACACCAGGUGACCCGUACGCUCGUUUGUCCUCCUAUUCCAUAAAAAAAAAUGUUAAUAAAAUAAAAUACGGUCUCAGUAGAUAUGGUCGUUCUAACAGUAGCAUGUAACCGCGCGUUUCGUACGAAAUUUCUUGCCUCGCACAACCACUUUGUGGUAUCAACUACCGGCAGCGGACUUCCCGAACAGAUACGACUUAGGGACCUUCAAGAAAAAAACAUACUUCCACCUUAAAGGCCGGCAAUGCAUUUCUUGACACACCU